CUUUACAGCUUAAAUACUUUUGGUCAUAAGUAGUUCUGCUUGAUCAAGGCUAAACAGUAACAUUAUUCUUACAAUUUCCUUUCCCACUUUGUGUCUAUGAAAAAGAAACCUUUUAACUAUUAGUUAAAUAGAUAGAUAUUAAUUUGCUACACCCACUAACAAGGAACUUUACACUUCAGCUAUCAACACCGUUAUACUCUUCAGUCGCUAGAGUCCGAUUCGCUAUAUAAGGAAUUUUCUCCAAUUAUCGAUGACUGCUUUCACUUUUUCAAAUGUGAUAAAUCCUGCUGGUGCAUUCAUAACUUGUGUGAAUCAUAAAAGCCUGCCUCAGGAAAGUUGUGCAAAAAAAUUUUGCUGGAGACAACGCUAUGAGAGCAAUAUGCCUGCUAACUCGCUGUCAGAUACUUCUUUUUAUUGGAUUACUUGUGAACAUUGUUAUUUUGCUUUAUCUUCUUAAAGUUCAAAAUGAUUUGCAAUAUGGACGACCACAAGUGCAAUACAAAAAUAAAGUUGAAAAAGUCCAAUAUGCUGAAUUCACAGAUUCAGUAACAUUAAUCAUUCGAGAAUUUGAGGAUUUUGAAAAUUAUGUUGUAGCUACGUUGAAGGGAAUCUUAGGAAUUAUACCUGACCUACAAGUCUUAGUUUUUACUGAUCAUCAACCAUAUCCACCUCUUUUACUAAAUGAAGUCCCCAAUGCUAGACUUGUAGUUUUGCAUCCAAGUGCUGAACAGUCAUGGUCUUCAUCUCUCCCCCAUACAUAUAUUAAAACCCCUUUUUUGCUAAUUAUUCCAGAUGCCGUCAAACUAGUCGAUCCACAUAGCUUGUUGUCUGCUUUUAAUUAUUUAAAGCAACAUUCAUACUUGUCUUCUGUUGCCUUGGUAACUGGCCGAGACCAUUCUAGUUGUCUGAAUCUCCAUGUAGAUUUGAGACGCUGGACACUAACAUAUGAAAACACUGGUUUAUUCCAAGAAUGUGAUGCUGUGUCUGGAGAGCAUGCAAUAUUAACACGUUCAGAUAAAUUCCUUGAGUUCCCAUUCUCAUUCCUACAACCUAUGACAACAGGCUUUUAUAUCCAAGCUGCUUUAAGAGAUUGGAAAAGUAUUAUUUUCAAAGACUCUAUAUUUGUUGGCAACCCUAAUUUAUUUAGUGACCCUCACAAAAAAUGGAAACACAAGAAACAGGUAGCUGUGCGUCUAAAAAAUCUUUACAAACAACUUCGUAUCAAGAAAGUAGUUCUUCCAGGAGAUGGGCAUGUAAUGUGGUAUGGUUGUACCAAAGAAACUACCCGAUGUUUUGGAACAGUAGUUAGCGAUAUGCCUGAAUAUAUUUAUGAAGGCAAAUGGACACCUCCAUGUUGUUUAGAAGCUGUUCGAACCACUUCAAGACAUGUUUUUCAGAUCCUGGAGGACUGUAAGGUACGUUACUGGCUAGAAGGAGGGAGUUUGUUAGGAGCAGCACGAAGUGGUGAUAUCAUUCCAUGGGAUUAUGAUGUUGACAUUGGAAUCUACAAAGAAGAUAUUGGCAAAUGCCAACCACUUGUUGAAUGUGAAAAAGAAAAGUUUGUUGACCCUGAAGGUUUUCUCUGGGAAAAAGCUACAGAAGGAGAUUUUUUCAGAGUUCAGUACAGCAGCUCAAAUCAUAUGCACGUUGAUAUUUUCCCAUUUUAUUCUAAAAAUUCUACAAUGACAAAGGAUACCUGGAUACCAGGACACAGACAAGAUACAGAGUUUCCUGAAAAAUAUCUAAAUCCUUUAACAAAGGUUCCAUUUGCUGGUUCAAUGGCAUCUGCUCCAAAUAAUGUUAGGGAAUUCUUAGAAUUUAAAUUUGGAGAAGGAGUAAUUGAAAAUCCACGGUAUCCUAAUUCAAACCGAGUCAUUCGCUGAACAAUUCAUUCACAAAUUAUAAAGAGAAUAAUCAAAAUUUUAUAUAAUAGUUGAGCUUGCUAGAUAUAUCCUCACUAAAUUGUAAUAAUUCAAUCAUUUAAAAGGUAUAAGUUAAUUCUAAUUUCUACAUUCCACGUGUAUGUAUUUUUAAGUUUGCAUGCUUUUUCAGCAAAAUGACCAAAAGUCUACAAUGCUCUUGGACUUAUGAAUGUAUUCCUGAGUCUACAUGCACAUGUAUGUGUCUCUUCCUCAGAUCAUAUUGUUCUUGUUCAAACUGUUCACCAAACUGGCUAGGUAAAAAAAAAAAGAAGAGGAAGAAAAGAUAACUUGGUUGUCAUCUCAUCUCCAUAAAUAUUUGUUAAAAUUACUUUUAAAAG